AUGGGGUUAAUAGCGGACCAAAAGCGACCUUGUGCUUGCCCAGAGACGCAGGUGGAUUCAGGGGAUAGACUCCCUGUUUCUGCUGAGGCAGGACUGACUCAGGACAUCCUUGUAUCCUGCACGUCGGUCCGGCCAAAAGCCUGCAAUCAAGUGACUGGGAGGUGCAAGGGCGGAGGUUUCGAGUCGAUUCCAACAAAUAAGCUCCACAUGUCCACCCCGGGAGAACGGAAGUUCUCCCAAAAACUCAUGGGACUAGAGGCUUGCAACCUGCCCAUAGCUUUAAAAAUUUUUUAUGCAAAACACAGUAAUAGAAAAGAGCCUCCUGAUUCCGGAGGAAAGCCUGGUACGGUAGCGCCAGGAAGGACGGGGUUGCAGGAGUCAUGUAGGCUACUGAAACGGAAAAGGACUAGGAUGACGAUCUGUACUUAUAACGCACGUACGCUUUCAUCGGAAGCGGCCAUCGGACAUCUGAGGAUGCAAGCCAAGAAGAUUAAGCAUUUCAUCGGACUGACCGAGACGAGACGACGUCACUCUCUCAACACCGUAUAUGAAACUGGAGAGGAACUGUUCUUAGGAACAUGCGACAGUAGAGGUGUUGGUGGAGUUGGCGUCCUCGUCAACACGAGUAUGGCAAAGAACAUCGACUCUUUCGAACAACGUACGACCCCAAUCGGACAUCUGCGGAUGAGAAGAUGUGGUCCAACACCAGCUUUGACUAUCUUCGGCUUACGCUCCAACAUCAAGCUACGAAGAAGAAGUCGAAGAUUUCUAUAUAGGCCUGGAGAAGUUCUACCGAGAAGAUCAUUCCUUUUACUAGGUCAUAUUUGGCGAUUUCAACGCCAAAGUUGGCCCAAGAAAAACGCCUGA